UCAGGUACGUUAGUGAUGAGUUUCACUUUUAAUUCCAGCUUCACUGCUUCAGUGCAGCAACAACAGUUAGAAAGUUUUAAGAUGUUGAAGAACUUUAGUUUCAUUUUAAUUUUAAUUUUAUUACUGGAAUUCAGAAAUUCUAUUGGAAAGAAAUCUCAAACACAACGAAAUGUUGUUUUGCUCUUGGCUGACGAUGGAGGCUUUGAAAUGCGAUCCUAUUUAAAUAAUAUUUGCCAAACUCCCAAUUUAGACAAAUUAGCAAAAGAGAGUUUAAUAUUCAAUAAUGCUUAUACUUCUGUUAGCAGUUGUUCCCCAAGUCGUGCUUCGCUAUUGACGGGAUUACCAAGUCACCAAAAUGGAAUGUACGGUUUACACCAAGGAGUACAUCACUUUAAUUCAUUUGACGAUGUUCCCAGUUUAUCUAAAAUAUUGAAGCGUAAAAAAAUACGAACUGGUAUCAUUGGGAAAAAACACGUGGGACCAAAUAAAGUCUAUCCCUUUGAUUUUUCCCAUACAGAAGAAAAUGAAUCGACACUCCAAGUAGGACGCAAUAUUACCAAGAUCAAAUUGCUUGUUAGGGAAUUUUUAUCGCAAAAUAAAUCACAACCAUUUUUCCUGUACGUUGCAUUUCACGAUCCUCAUCGUUGUGGACAUACAAAUCCAAAAUAUGGAAACUUUUGUGAAAAGUUUGGCAAUGGAGAUGUGGGAAUGGGCACAAUUCCAGACUGGUCUCCAAUUUCUUAUCAGUGGGAACAAAUAAAGCUUCCGUAUUUUGUGCAAGAUACUGAAGCUGCAAGAAGAGAUAUAGCAGCUCAAUACACAACUAUAUCUCGAUUAGAUCAAGGGGUAGGAUUGAUCCUCAAAGAAUUAGAAGAUGCUGGAUUUAAAAAUAAUACCAUGGUGAUCUACUCGUCUGAUAAUGGAAUUCCUUUUCCGGGUGGAAGAACGAAUUUGUACGAUUCUGGCAUUGCUGAACCAAUGAUGAUUUCUUCUCCGUUCCACAAAAAACGGAGAAAUAGUGUAACACACAGCAUGACUUCAUUGUUAGAUGUCGUUCCUACUAUUCUCGACUGGUUCAAAGUCUCAUAUCCAAAUCGAACUCGUUAUCCAAAUCAGACUCAAUUCACUUUAACUGGAAAAUCGCUCCUUCCAUUAUUGACCGAAGAGCCACAAGAAAAGAAUACAACAGCAAUAUUUGCGAGUCAGACGCAUCAUGAAAUUACCAUGUACUAUCCGAUGAGAGCUAUUCGAACAAAGCGUUAUAAACUUAUUCACAACAUAAAUUACAAAAUGCCGUUCCCUAUUGAUCAAGACUUCUAUCUGUCACCAACUUUCCAGGACUUGUUGAACAGAACACAAUCAAACCAGCCUCUUCGAUGGUACAAAUCAUUAAAGACUUACUACUACAGAGAUGAAUGGGAAUUAUAUGAUCUGAAACUUGAUCCAGAAGAAACGAAGAAUAUUGCUUUCAAAUCAUCAACUAAGGCAAUUUUUACUCAAUUAAAAAAACAACUGUUCGACUGGCAAAAAGAAACAAAAGAUCCAUGGCUUUGUGCUCCAGAAGGAGUGUUUCAAUCAGUUGGAGACUUUAAGGACAAUCCUCAAUGCAUGCCUUUAUAUAAUAUGAAUUAUUAAAUUUUUCUCUGAUUAUUUUGUAAUGAAACAAAAUUAAAAAUUAAAAAUGUUAAUAGUGAAAACGAAUAACGACAAUAAAUGAAAUUAGAAAAUUUUCACGACGCAUGUAUA